CUCAAACAGGCGUUUGUCACUUUACGUUUAACAAUUGACAUACACUCUGCAAAAGAAUGUAAGGAUUUUCGAUCGCACUGGAUUCACAGCUUUCCUAACGCAGUUGAUCAAUUAUUUCGCUACAAAAUCAGAUGGCGGAAGGGGCUGUUCGACAUUACACGGAAUGGACUCCAAGGCUAAUCAGGCGAUCAAGGUAUGCGUAUGAAGAUGAAUCCCGGGAAACAAGCAACAUUAUGAAUAUCCUGGGGUAUGGACCCGAGAUCAGACAGAAACGCCGAGAACAUUACAUAGAGAGUGAUAGGCUGGAUAAUACACACGAAGAGGACUUUUUGUGUACGAGCAUCACUGCGGGGAGCAAAGCGGAGGGACUGACCCGUUUAUUCGAGAGCGAUACUGACACAAUACAUGUGUUACCAUAUGUUGUGUGUAUGGAAAACUGUUUUGACCAAAGCAAUAUCCCUUGUCACUUCACUAUAUUAGAAAUGAAUUUCCAAAACACUAGUGCGGGAUAUUGUAGAGUACUACUUGGGAGACUUGCUCCUAGAAGCGCGUCUGCUAUUUCCGAUUCCUUAUGUGAAAAUGAAUGUGGCCACUCUAUUUUAAGCAGUGCACUAUAUGUAGAAUAUUUCAGACACGUACGGCAUGCAUCCGGUACGGUCCACCACCAUCCACGUGCUGGUCCAUCGUUGCCAUGGUCUAAUGGUCCUUUUAAAAAUGAUAGUGUAUACGCCAUUCGCUGUAACUGUCCAAACAUGUUGAAGACAUGGGCCAAUCGAACUCGUCACUGGUCACCAUCAGAUAUUGUAGAGAAAGUGGUUGCGAUAGGAGCUUUUGUUACUCCGAUCGGGUCCAAAGGCAGCGAACACAACCAUGUGGAAUGGAGGAUAUGUUUUAAUACUGGAGAGACGGAACUUGUAAAUAAUCUUAAUGACACUCAGAUCAAAUUAUAUGUUUUGCUUAAAAUGAUCGCUAAGGAUAUACUGAAACCGCAGAAAAAAGAAAUCACAUCGUACACAAUGAAGAAUAUCGUAUUAUGGCUAGCGGAGAACAACCAAUCCUCUUUUUUCCAUUCCGGAAGUUUGUUUCAUUGGCUUCGUGAGGGACUGAAUAACUUACGAACCUCUUUGUCCACUAAGCAACUGCCUUACUAUAUGAUACCUGAACGAAAUCUGUUGGCGGAAUCUGAACUGAACACUGAUCAGCAGCAACUGUGGGUGAGAACUAUAGCGGACAUGAUGGAGGAAGGGCCGAGAAUGUUACUUAGGUUGAACAAAUUCCGACAGGCAAUUAUCGGGUACCCGGAACCACUUCUGUGGUACAGCAAGAUGAGGGUUGAAAUGGAGAUCUGGGCGUUGGAGUUUAACAAAAGACUGCUUCAAUGCGGGGCCACGAACUCCAUGGUUAUUGAGACUGAUACUAUCCUGCUGACAUGCAAUAAACGUAGAUAUGAGAUCGCUUGUGAGGUCGUGCGGCGUAUGGGUCUGGAGGGCAGUUCAGUUUAUAAUGUAAAUGUAGAGAAGAUGAUGCUAAGCUAAGGACGUAUUUAAAAUGUAUCGAUUACACAUUUUAACAUGUACACAUAUUUUGUGUGUGAACACACUGACAAAGUUUUAAGCAACAUCAGCAGUAGGGAAUUUUAAUUAAUUAUAUUUUUAGAAAGUUUCUACAAGUACAGUCAAGUCCCUCGCCUUUUUAGAUCAGCGUUUGCUGAUAAUGAUUAAUUUUUGUAACGACGUUUUUGUAUGAUUCGAGGAGAAAGAUUUCGACUGCUUAACUUAGGUUUAAUAUUUGAUAUGUUAAGCACGUUUACAUGAAUAAGUAAUACCAUCAGGUCUACCAUUUUCAAAUUUUGGUCCCGUUUAACCAUUUAAUAGUUUAUUUUUUACAUGUAUUAAUAAUAAUUUUUUUCAGUUUGAAAUUAGCAAUAUAAACCCAACGUGAAAAGGUUAUCUGAUAUAUGCACGCAUACUGAUUGCUAUUCUAGAAUUUUAUGAAUGCUGUUACAAAUAUUAUUUUUUUCGGAUGUUAUAUUUACAAAGUUUGUAUCAUUCCUAAUAAAUAUUGUUUUCCUAAGAAUGGCAACGUUAAUGACACGUUAAGGACCCGAACAAAAGCUGUAAAUCCGUAGGUUAUUCAAUAAAACUUAUAUAACUUUGAUAAAACAAGGAAAUAAAGGAUCCCGAUUACCCCAAAGUACUUCACCCGUGUCAUAGUACACAUAAAAGUGGCUUAUAGAGCGGGAAGACAUUUGUUAUAAGAUUUAACUGGUGAUGUAGUGUUUGGACACACUUGACUCAAAGUUAGCAAAGAUUAAACAAGAUAAAAAUAACCAAAAAUCAAAUAAUUAUCCUGACCAUGUUUCAUCACUAGUAAUAAAUUUAAAAAAACCUUAUAUUCAUCAAUAAUGAAUCAAAAAUGUUGCUUUUAGAGUGGUAAUAACGAUUUAAAUACGAUUUUAUUUGGUGAUUUAGACUUUAAGUGCAUGUGAUUUUAUAUAGAAAUUCUUAAGAUGAACAUUCGGAGUUUUGCCCAGAUUGAGUCACAAAUGUGGCUUAUAGUUUGGUUAAAACAUUUGUUCGAGGAAAUUUAGAUGGUAACCUAUUUUUGUAAGCACCUGAACCGAAACUAAUUGUCAAAAUGAACAGUCUGACCAAGUUUCAUCGAGAUCGGAUGAAACAGUUGACACCUUAAAUUGUUUAGUUUUCACGGACGCCAGGUAUUGACGGACCACUAUUGUCAUGAUUUAUAAAUUGAAGAUUGUUGUGCUCAAAAGAGCUACAAUGUAGGAAUAUCAAUAAUAAUCGAAUAAUUGAGUUCAAUGAAAUGCGGACUAAGAGCCCGUUUCAUAAACAAUUCUUAAGUUUUUCGUAAGAAUUUUGCUAUUUUUACGUACGAACGUAAUUACGACUAUUAGUACGAACGUUUCAUAAACACGUUCGCAAACUUACGAAUUCUAAGGAAUUUUACGCACGUUAAACCAGUCUAGGUUCUUCAAUUGAAGGUUUGAAAAGACGUUAUACUAUAAUUUGGCGCCAUCUGUCCGAUUAAUUCUACGAAAGCCAAUAAAGCCUAAUGAUUAAGCAUUUAUUGAAUUUUCCUUUUUUAAGUAAAUGUGAAGGUGUAAGAAGAUAUCCUGUCAAAUGAGGUCGACGUCAUUUGACAACAAACGUGUUUUUGCUAGACGUUGACUGCGCUCGAUAUAAAAAAUUGAAAUAAGUGAACAAAAACAUAUGUAAAACUUGUUUUCUUGGUAACUAUUUCAGGCGAAAAAAGCGCUGACCUCUCGCAAAUUUAUCGUAAAAUAUAAACAACGAGUUUUUAAAGUUCGUAGAGUGUAACCAUUGCUUCUUUGUUGAUAAAAUUGGGGCUAAAAUGGCGUAGAGUAAAAUGCUGAAAUUUACUGUCAAUGCUGGAUAUAUUUACCCGUAUUAACAACGACGCAUACUUAUAUUGAUAGAGAUGGAGAAUGUCUUCGAAAUGAAAAUGGAACACCACGUCACGUAAGAUUAUGAAUCUACAUGACACCAUGAUACAAUCGCAUUUGUAGACAUUUACAUCUUAUGUUUCGUUAUGGAAGGUAAAUACAUAUUAAAAAUGGAAUUCUAUGACAUUUUAGUUGUAAUACUUACUUUGUGUAUAUGUCAGAU